AUGGGCUGUUUCCCUUGUACGACGCUUCAGCCGGAAGUAUCGCAUCUCAACGCCUGUUAUCCACCUUCAAAAGCAUUGAUAACGUCUGGACCUGAAUACAGACCAUUAUCACAAGAUUUAUCUAAACUAUUAUAUUUCGCAACGAACAAACCGUCCAAAUUAGCGAACAUAGGCGAAGAAUUAGAAAAGAGGAUCAACAAAGAAUCCAUAAAAUCGACAGGUGGAUAUCCGAAAUAUCGUGCGAGUCUAUUGAUCAGUUUAGCUAUUUUGAGAGCUUUAUUGACUGAAUGUAAGAGGGAUAUUAGUUUAUUUGGUAAAUCAGCUUUGAGAUCAAUUAAAUCAAGUUUAAACGUAAAAGUUUAUCAGAAAAGCGAUGAAUUAGAUCUGGAAGUUAUAGGUAGAUCAGCUGCUGCUUUUAUAGCUUUCACUACUUUUACAGAUGGAUCUCUUAUUGGUAUAGACGAAAAUACCACCAGGAUAUACCUCGAGAUCCUUGAUAUAUUCAGUAAGAUGGCUACGUUCACCUCAACCCCAACAGAAAAGGGAGACAUGGAACAACAAAAUCGAACUAGGUUAAUAGCAUUGGCCGCUUUGAAUGGAGCGGUAACAUCAGAUUCAAUCAUAACAUCGAAUGCAGAAUUCCCAAAACAGAUCAAUAUCUUAUUACCACCUUUAUUGACCAACCUAUUCGAAGGUACGAUGGAAGAUUUGAAAUUCCAGAUAGCUAAAAUUGAAAUGGACGCUUCACCUUCACCUUAUUUCAAUGAAUUUUCAGCUGUCAAACGACCUUUGAAUGAUAGAAGAGCACCUUCCUUACAUGCUCAUAUACCAGGCGAAAAAGGUCCUUCAAAUUCAGAUGUAAAUUCCGCUUCUUUAAGGUCUUUCCACGCUUUGAUAAGUCAAUGUAAAGUUUCACAAGCAAUUAUCAUCAUAGAUAAUAUAAUAUCUUUCUUGGAUCACAAGAAUUUAUGGAAUGACGUCGAGAAAUGUUGUUGGUUAAGUGAAAGGUUAACUGCCUGGAUCACAUUACAGUUUAGAUUCGUCAUUCCAACUCGAUUGAUAGAAGUUUUGGUAGAUCAAAAAGAUAUAGAAGCCACACCCAAACACACUUCAAUCUUAUCAAUGGUGAUCACAAUCUUGAAUUCAACUACAUCUUUGGUCGGUUUAGGUGUAUCGGAUUUACUAGGUAAUCUGAUUAAUCUCAUUACAAGGAGAAUCAAAUUCGAUCAAAGAGAUCCUCUUUUACCUGCUUUGGUUCAGUGUAUAUCAAGUUUAGGUAUUCACAUAUAUUACGCAGAUCAAAUAAACGAUAUCAUCGAAGAGAUAUCGAUCAGAAUAGCUGAGAUACCAAUCAACGAUAAAGAUCGUUCAGAGAUCAUCAGGGCUUUGAUUAAUUGCUUGAUUGGUGUAAUGGUCAUAACUGAUCAAGGUGAUAAAGAAGCUUCAACAAGAACGAAAUUUGGUGCAUCGAUUCUCAAUAGUGGUAAAUCAAUCGAUAAAGGUAAAUCACCCGAACAGACAAAUGCAACUUUACUCUCCUCUCCAACGAGUGAAGUACCAUCAGAUAAACCGAAAUCAACGAGAAGAAAUCCAAUUUCACCUGAGGUAUGGCAAGAAACUUUACCAUUAUUGUGUGAAUCAGAUUACUCAGUGAGAAUAUCGUAUUCAAGAGCUUUAUUGUUGUUCUUGGAAAACGAAAUGCCAAGAGGGAAAAACACAGGAAGUGAAGCUACCAUUUACAGGUUCUGUAAUGCACUGCAUGCUAGUGUAUAUACAUUGGUAAUGUCAAAUUGUUUAGGUGCAGGUGUAUCAGAAGAUCACUCCAAUGUACCAAGUCCGGAAAUCAAUACCGGUACAGGAGUGACACCCUCCCCGCAUUUACCGAAUGAUAUACUUCAUAAUGACUUCCAGAAGAAUGGGAACAACUCACCGAAGAUCAAUGGGAACGGAAGCAAGGAUAGGAAUGGAUCUAUCACCAACAAAGAUAAAGGGGUUUCCUUCAACUUGAUUUCACCUUCACCUUCUUCAACUCCACCUACCAAUGGAUCAUCCACACCACCCAAGAAACCAAUAAGAACUGCAAGAAGACCUUCCCUCCCGUUAAACCGACUGCAUUCUUACGUCAAUCUGAAUUCUUUCGAUAACGUUGCCACCCCGUUGGAUUUCGCAGCUGCCCUCAAAAUCCUAGAUGAAUUAUAUACGAUCACCCCUACUCCAGCUUUGAUAACUGGAACACCGAUGUUACUGGCUUUAGAUGAAGAUGCAGGAAACGAGUUGGUUCGAAGACCAAAUGAUGGUAGGUCAGGAAGUUGGGUGUUGGAAAGGAAAAGAGCUAUAAGGGAAUUGGUUUGUCUUGUUUGGAGAAGAAUAGGUGAAAGGUGGAGUUGCGCGGAUGUUCAAAAUCUAGCUGAAAGGUCAUACUCGUCACUUCCUGAGCCAUACCUAAUCCCCUUCCUACCACCUUACGAACCAACCUCAAACCUCGCACUGCCCGAACAAGCCAUCUCAUUCCCACCGCAUAUCAUUGAAGGUGAAUCGUCAUCGGCGUCGAAACCGUUACUUGAUCCAGAAGCGAUACUGGCGAGCUUGACCAAUUCGCCAUCAGUGCAAAAUGGCACAGGAAGAGAUGGAGCAUCGUUGAGGAGCAGAUGGGCCAGUAAAUGGAGUGUGGAAAAUGCAGUGAAGGAUUCUAUUGAAAGAUUCUCGUCAGCGCAUGUCCAACCUGUCGACAGUGAAAUCCAUAAUGACAUUGCUAGCGUCUUGAUGAACAUGAAUAACGGAUCUUACCAUUCGUUCAGUAAUGCAAGUGGGAACAGGCAUGCGAGUAGGAGUAUUGAUGUGGAUGAUUUGAGGGAAGCUUUGGGAGGGAAAGUGGAAGACCAUUCUUCAUCGCCACCUUCGAUUAUCUCGUCAGCUUUGACUGCAGAAGACCAACAUCAUCUAUCAGCUGCUAUUCAACGCUCGAUAGCUACAAAGGGUAUAAGAACGAAUCAAGAUGUCAAAGAAGUCUUGAAAGAUAUCUUCAAGGAUAAGAAAAGGGUUACUUCAGGUGGAUCCGGUGUAAGACCCACGGCUCACCGAAUAAGAACCAGCUCUGGUUUAGGUAAAGAGUUUGAUGGGAAUGGAGCUGGUGCUGUAGCUGAAGAGAAGGGACAAGACUUCAAGCUUAAUGGGAAAGAGGAAGUCGUGAAUGGCUUUGGACUAGGUAAAGUUGUUGGCUAG